CUAACGAGCAAGUUCCUGGCUUCUCAAAACAAAAACAGCAAACAGUGGGUAGCUGCUGUCAGUGAAAGCUGAGAGAAGUGUUUAGCCUUCUACUGCCUCGUCAUGGUGCUAAAGUCAUGUUGCGUUUACAGCGUCGGAGUUGUUUCUGUACUGAUGCUGAUUCUCGGCAUUUCGUUGGUUUUGACCAGCGUGUUUCCACAUUUAGUACAGUCGAUGGUUAAAAAGCAAGUCGUUCUGAAAAACGAUACAUAUGCGUUUGAGGCCUGGAAGGAUCCACCGGCACAUAUCUACAUGCAGUUUUACUUCUUCAAUCUCACAAAUCCCCAAGAGGUGUUGGAUGGGGAGAGGCCAGCUGUGGUGGAGAUUGGACCGUAUACAUACAGAGAGUACCGGCCUAUGGAGCAAAUUGACUUUCAGGAUAAUGGCACUAAAGUAACAGCUGUCAACACUAAAACCUACAUUUUUCAGCGUAACAUGUCCCGUGGUCCAGAGAGUGACCUCAUCAGGACAGUUAAUAUCCCUGCCAUGACAGUGAUGGAAAGAUUCAAGGAUAAAUCCAUUGUAGCCAACGUGAUCUCUGCCUACAUGAGGGGCACCGGGGAAGGCCUUUUUACCACUCGUACAGUAGGAGAGCUGCUGUGGGGAUAUGAAGAUGGACUUCUUAAAGCCUUGAAAACCUUUAGCCAUGAUCUGGAUGAUGUUUUUGGACUUUUCUAUAAGAACAAUGCUUCCAAUGAUGGAGAAUAUGUGUUUUUCACUGGUCAGCAGAACUAUAGGGACUUUUCCAGAGUGGACAUGUGGAAAGGUGAAAGCUCCUUGAAUUGGUGGACGUCUGAUGAGUGCAACAUGAUUAAUGGAACCAUUGGAACAGCCUUCCAUCCUGUAAUCACCAAGAAUGAUAUGCUCUACAUUUUCUCGUCUGACCUGUGCAGGUCUCUGUACACAGUGUAUGAGGAGGAUGUGACAGUGAAGGGGAUCACUGGGUAUCGAUUUGUUCCUCCCAGCUCAGUGUUCGCCAAUCUGACUGUGAACCCAGACAACGCAGGCUUUUGUGUGCCUGCUGGUAAUUGCCUGGGGUCUGGCCUGCUGAAUGUGUCUGUAUGUAAAGAAGGGGCUCCUAUCAUAAUGUCUUCACCACACUUCUACCAGGCAGAUGAGAAAUUUGCUCAGGAUGUAUUCGGAAUGACGCCAAACAAGGAAGAGCACCAGACUGCCAUUGAUAUCAAUCCGCUAACAGGAGUGGUUCUCCAAGCAGCCAAGCGAAUCCAGAUUAACGUCUAUGUAGAGCAAAUUCCCACCUUCAGUCAAACGGGAAAUGUAAGGACAGUAGUCUUCCCUGUGGUUUAUCUGAAUGAGAGCGCCACCAUUGAUGACACAGCAGCCAAGAAGUUAAAGGCGAUUGGUGUUCAGCAGAACGUUGUGGAGAACAUUCCCUUCAUGCUGAUUGGCCUGGCCAUCAUUGUGGGAGGAAUCUUCAUGUUCUUGGUGUGUCAACAGAAAGUCCCCGAGAGCACUGCUGCCGAACGACAGCCCCUGCUCUCAUCGUAACAGCAAACAGAACGUGGAAAGAGGAAGAUUGCCUUGGUUGCAAUACAAUUCAAGGGGUUCACCCAUUAAUUCUCAAGUAACACUAAUACAAUGGUUUUCAUAUUUUAAUCUAUUUUCGCAUUCAUGGUUUUAAGAAAGUGGGAAAAACUGUCUUUUUGUUGUGUUUGUUGCUGGAUUUGGAGGAUAAUGUCUUCAUUUCAAGUUGUAAUGAUGCUGAAAUCCAGAUUUUCCAGUCAAUCUUAAAUUGAGCUUGUUUUUAUUUUAACUCCUAACUAUGGGAUUUUUGAAUUGGAUUAACAUGAGGUUAGUUAACCCCCUUAAACAACCCAGCUUUGAAUUAAUCAAACAUCCUGGAAGUGGGAAAAACACUGUGCUGCAAAGUGGCCAUAUAUGUGUGAGCUGUUGCUGCAUUUCUAUUCAGAAAAAAGACGUUGUGUCUAUCUACAAGGCAACUGGCUAGAGCUUGAACAGUUACUAGAUUCCCAGACUAGUUUGGGAGUCAGAGUUAGUUUUAAAAAGCAAGAAAAAACAGUAUUAAGAAGCCAGGUUGGUUGUAUGUUAUAAUGAAGUGGAUGUAAAAAGUCAGGCUAGUAGUGCAGCCUGUUCGAAGUGCAGAUUACUUUGGGCUUGUCUUUCAGCCUUUUGGCUUCAGAUGCUAUGGCGAUGUGGUCUUGUUCAUUUUAAAAUGAUGUUCUGUGUUGUAGCCAAGCUCAGUAAUCUACAGUGUAUAUAUACAUGUGUGUCCUCCUUGUGAUCCAAUCAGUAUUAACCCAACAAUGACAGGAUGGCUUUCUGCCUGUUGUAAAUGUCUAAUACAAUAUUAUUUCAUUUAAUUCCAGUACUGUCAUAAAUAUGUUAAUAUAAUUUCUACUGAUUUACAUUGCUGAAACCGGCGUAUGAAGCUUUGUGGUAGUGACACUGACAAACACACAAAAACUUUUGAAGCACUUAGACUGAUUUUGUUUUUUCCCCAGUUUAACUUCUGUAGCAUUUUAUAACUUUAUUGAAGCAUUUUUUUUUAAUAAACACAUUGUUUUCCUAUUGGCCUAUUAAUUUUUAGAGCACUUAUAACUAAAUGUUAUUUUUCUGUCCAAUGUUGCACACAGUUUCACUAUAAUAUAGAUGUUUUUGCCAUUUCAGUCACUAUUUUUCGCUGACAAAAUCUUUUGUGUUCAAUUUCUUUUUUUGAGUGUGUGUAUGUUUGUUUUGUACCUAAAAGAGAACAUUGUUUACACUACUACUACUCCCUGGCAAAAUCAGUACUUAACUAUAAUCACGAUUUAUACGCAAAUCUCUCAUUAGGUCACACGUCUGACAGUUUGCACGUUGUCAUUUGCUAUGACUCAACAAUAAACUUUCUAUGCUAUUCCCUGAA